CUCAGCAGGAACAUGGCAUAUCUAGAAGUUAUGGAUUGGCAAUGUUUUGGGUCUGGGCACUUGUUCAUAAGACCUCCAGAGAUGCUCCCUGACUGCUGAGUUACUCCAGCACGUUGUGUUUUACCAAAUAAAAUCAACGUCAGCCACAAAGGUCAUGUUAAGAAUUAUUUUAACAAAACUCUUAAAUUAUGAAGUAUUUUAGGCUUAGAACGAUGAAUGGACCCUUGUGGCGAAGGGCCCUUGUGGCGAGCUCCUUGUAUGAGGAAGAACAAGAACUAGUUAGGUGAAGUUCACGCACAAUCUCAAUAAUAAAGAUAUCUAGAAGGGUCCCGAUUCGAAACGUCCCUUGUCCAUUCCUUCCACAGCCGUUGCCUGACCCGCAGUGUUCCUUCAGCACUUCGUGGUUUGCUCAAUGUUAAAUUCCAGUAUCACUUUAUUCAAUGCGGAAGGCAUCGCAGAAAGGAAUAUAACAAAUAUGGGCAUUAAGCUGGGUGUGGUUUCGUGUAAAGUGCGGAAGCUCGUUAUAAACUCGUUGGUUAUUCAGUGGUCCUAACAAAAACCAUGCAUUUUAAAAAGCUUUUGCUAGUUUUCGCUUUAAGUCACUAUUUGGAUGUGCAGGUGACGAGUUUCUCGCUGCAUGAUUGUCAGGUGCACGGUUCUUUGCUUGUCGGCACGAAUCUAAAAGUACUGUGUUACAAGAUGAAGUUGGACAAAGUCCCAGGAUACAUUCCGAAACAUACAGAAAACCUGGACUUAUCUGACAACAGAAUCGCGAGGCUAGAGAAAACCAGCUUCGACCAUUUGACUCAAUUGCAAGUAUUGAACAUUUCAAAGAACAAUGUCAGCGAUAUUGCAGAGGAGACUUUUGCAUCUAUCAAAAAUCUACUGUUUUUGAACCUUGGUUAUAAUAAGCUGACUAUGUUAACCCGGAGCAUGCUGGAUGGCUUGGGAAAGCUCAGCACUCUCUUAUUAAACGACAACCUCAUUGAGUGGGUUGAUGUUGAUGCGUUUGCUGGCUUGGUAAACGUAAGGACGAUCAAUUUAACCUCCAACAAGUUGCAUCGAUUGGCGGAUGUGAAUCAUAUAUUUAACGCUGUUGCUGUGGAAAAGCUGCAGUUACAGAACAAUGGUCUAGUCAGUUUCGCCACGCAGAAUAUUACUCGUGUGCCAGAAACCCUGAAGGACCUGGAUCUGUCAAAAAACCCUUUCGUGGUAUUUAACAUAACUUCACCAGUCCUCGGCAACCUCCUCUCCCUGGAUCUUUCGUCUGCGGGAGGCAAUGAGUCGAUCGUAUUCCACGUUGAAGAUGCAAUGUUUUUUAAAAAAAUGAAAAAGUUAGCUCUCGGGGGGAUUCGCGAGCAACCAUCUAAGAUACUUGCGCUUCUGACAAACAUAACAGGUGCGUCACUUGAAUACAUUGAACUAAAUGACUUACAACUGAAGACCACUGAUCCCCUCCUGCUGAAAAUCUGCAAAUUGUAUCAGAAUUUAACAGCUUUACAUCUGAGAGGAAAUGGCUUCGGUGUUUUAAACGACACCGUGUUUUCCUCGUGCGUUAAUUUACAGGACUUGGAUUUAACAAUGAAUAAAUUAAGCUCGAUUUCACCUUCUUUAUUCAAGGGAUUAAUUUCUUUAAGGAGACUGUCCCUCGCUAGCAACAAAUUUACUUUGGUUCCGAAAGCAAUUUUGGAUGCCAACAAUCUAGAAAAUCUGGAUCUCAGUUUCAAUCAAAUUAACAGUAUUAACCCUCAAGAUUUCAAUACUCUCGUCAAACUGAAACGGUUGUCUCUCGCUGGAAAUAAACUCACUAAAAUUGGCUCACUUUCAUUUUCAGGUCUUUUUCAAUUAAGGGAACUAGAGCUAGGAAACAAUUAUUUGUUCGCAAUAGCCAACUUCUCUUCAGAUCUGAAGAGUCUGAACUUUCUUAAUCUCAGGUGUAACAAACUGAACUCUAUUGAGGUGCACACGUUCAUUUAUUUGCAGAACUUAAAUUACCUUAACUUGAUCGACAAUCAGAUUUCCAGCCUGAAGAACGGAAGUUUUCAAGGGCUGUCGAAUUUAACACAUUUGCUGUUGGGAUCCAACAAACUUACGGCCGAUAUUCUGAGACUCGAUGUGUUUUCAGGACUUGAAUCCUUGGCGGACCUUCAACUAUUUGAUAACCAUCUCUUCUACCCGUCUUCGCAGAGGCUUGACAAACCUCCGUUCACUUCUCUCAGGUCCUUGCAUCAUCUCGCGGUGAACAGCCAGGCUGGGAACGGUCUCCAGAACAUUCCUUCAAAUUUUUUCGAUGGUUUAUAUUCUUUGAAAGAACUCCAUGCAGGAAAUACUGCUCUUCGUUAUAUUAGUCCUAGUGUCUUUCGCUAUGUGCCGAAUAUUUCUUACGUGGACAUAGGCAACAAUCCCUUCCAAUCCAUUAGUCCCAAUCUGCUUCAGCAUUUGCCUGCCCUGAGUGAACUUCAUCUCAACAAAGUUGGCCUUGAAAAUCUAGAUCUUCUGAUGUAUUCAAAACUGAACAAAUUGAAUCUUCUGAGAGCUGCGGGUAACCGAAUUGGCCUGGUAAACAGAACACAUUUAGAAGCUGUACCUUCACUGACGUUUUUGGAUCUUCGGGAUAACCCAUUUCUGUGUGCAUGUGGCAAUUCUUGGUUUCUAAAUUGGUCACUUUUGGACAAUAAGACCCAAGUGAUAUACUUUGAUCACUUCACUUGUGCUUACCCACCUAAUCUCAAGGGGAAGAAAUUAAUUGGUUUUAAUUCCGCUUCUUGUCUUGUACAUUAUGGAUUUGUUCUUUACGUUUCAUCGUUUUCAGUUAUAAUAAUGACAAUAAUGGUAAGUUUUACCUAUCACUUUUGGAGGUGGCACAUUGUGUAUGCCUACUACCUAUUCUUAGCAUUCAUUUCUGACAAAAAGCACAAGGGACGACAGGAUGGAAGAUAUAUGUAUGAUGCCUUUGUUUCAUAUAACACCCAUGAUGAACAAUGGGUAUUAAACCAACUGUUGCCAAAUCUGGAAGGCGAUAAUGAAUGUAAGUUAUGUCUCCACCAUCGCGAUUUCGAACCUGGGAAAGCAAUUAUUGAUAAUAUUGUGGACAGCAUUUAUAUGAGUAGGAAAACAAUUUGUGUAAUAAGUCGCAAAUAUUUAGAGAGUGAAUGGUGUUCGAAAGAAAUUCAGGUGGCGAGCUUUCGGCUUUUUGAUGAGCAGAAAGAUGUACUGAUCUUGGUCUUUUUGGAGGAUAUACAGUCGCAUCAACUCUCCCCUUAUCACAGAAUGAGGAAAAUUGUGAAAAAAACAACAUAUUUGCAGUGGACUCAACAACCCGAAGAGGCUGCUCUGUUUUGGCAUAAACUUCGUGUAGCAUUGAAUGCAAGUAAUAGAGACGAAGCAAAAGGCCAUAUCCUUGCAGGGCUUGAUGCAGAUUCAAUGUCAGUCACCACCGAACAUCUACUUUCUGCAGAUGUUUAAUUCUCCAACUAAAACAACUUGCACUUAGCAUUUCUUUUUAAUUGCAUUUUCUUGGCUAAAGUCGACCAGCCUCCUUUGGUCAAAAUCCUAGAACUCGCAAUUGUAAUUUUACAUUUCAUUGCAUGUAAAAUGGUGAACGAUUGAAUGGCGGAGUAGAUUUGAUGGGCCGAAUGGUCUAAUUCUGCUCCUAUCACAUCACGAUUCUGGGCUGACCUCUCAACUUCCAGCUUUUGAAUAUUAUUCAAAACAAAUUUUGGACAAAAUAUAUUGUCCUUUCUUGAGAUGCCUGAGGUAUUGUGUACUAUUACAGGAUUUUGCUUAAAUGCUUUGCACAUAUUUAGUUAGAUUAAAUUGUAUAUAAAUGGAUGUUUACUCCUGUUCCUCUUUUUUGAAUAAUGUCUUCCAAUAAGAUGAUCCCAAUUCCGAUUCAAGUUUAUCCAGAUCCAAGGUUUAAUUUAACACCAAUGACUUAGAUUCUAAAAUUCAGCAUAGUUUACCCAAUGAAGGCCAUUUAAAUGGUGUAAACAGAGUUAAGUAAUACACAGACCAAUUAAUAUUAUAUCUGACUCUAGCCACUGUGAAUAGAUGUACAUAUGAAAGGAAAAUGGUGAUAGGCAACUUCAUGAACUGCUUUGAAUUAACUACCAUGGUAAUUAUGUUGGUUUUACCGGUUCCUGUGUAAGAAAAAUGAUUGUAUCAUGAAAUGUCAGUACCCUACAAAAAUGCUUAAGUUUAAUGGUGAUCUGUUACACAUUUACAAUGGUCCUCAAAACAAAAAUUAGUCAUGAGCCCCCACUCAACAAAUUGCAUCAAGUUUGAGCAAGCUAUUCUUUGGUUGUCUGAACAGUUACACAUGAACUGAAGGAGGAUGUGCUUUUACGUAUGAGUCAAUGCAAGAUUAGUUAUGGAUUGUUACUCAACCUCAAGAAUUAGGCCAUAGGAAUACAACUCUGGUUGAGAGCAACAAUGAAGGCUUUCUGUCUUUAAAGUAAGGAAAACAUAAAGCUCUAAAUCUCAAUUUACAGCUUCAAAGGCAGAAGGAACUGUGACAUGUGGAACUGUUAGUCUGUAACUUGGUCUUUACCAUCAGCACCCCUCAAACAUUCUCUGUUCUCUAUCAUCUUACAAACAUACAGAAUAUUUAUCUUAAAAAAUAUCCCAAUAAACAUAGAUUAAAAGCUAGUACUUACAGUUUCAGAAAUUGCCAUUCAAAAUUGCAGCCUCAGUUAAAGUAUGGAGAUAAUUGGAACUUCAUUCAUUUUUAAGCCACAUUGAUGCUUCAUAUAAGGCAUUUUGGUGCAAUAUCAAUAUGUGCUGAAAUCAAUAAAUACUAACACCAAUAAUUCUACAGUUUUCACUGGUUUUUUUUAAUUACCAAAAUCAAAUGUUAACACAAAUGUUCAAUCACACUGUCAAUAUACUGAACAAUAGAACCAUCCAAUUUUCCUUCAAUUAUGUUAUUGCAAAAGAGCUUAAGUAUAAAACAGCAUUCCCCAUUAAAAAUACACCAAUGAACUUUCUUGCCUUUUAUGGACUGUUAGUUUACAUGUAAUUAUGUAAUAGAUAUCAGCAUAAGAUCAGUAUCAGCAGAGGGAGAUGUAGAGCUGCCAGUUUCAAAUGAUCUUGACAAUUUCAUAUUGCUUUUUGACUACAAAAAACUCAGUACGUCUGGUUAAUAGAUUUGCAUAAAGCACCGCACACUGCCAUUUUGAACAUUGGUUAAUAUUUAAUGUAAGUAUAUUACUAUAUCUAGACAGAUUGGCUUUGCACGAGCUGCAGCUGGAUUGUGGUUACUGUAAAGUUAAAGAAGUUGGAAUAUAUCUUGCUCCACUUGUCUACAUGUGUUUCAAUUAACUUUGCACUCAAGUUACAUUAUAUCUUUAUAAUCAGUGCAAAACCGAAAUCACAAACUGUGUGGCACAAUUGGGUCAUUAUUCUUGUACAGAUACCCACAUUGAAUAUGUCAGUCAAUGUGGAUAAAGUGAUUUUUUUUUUGUCUUUUGCUUAGUAAGAUUACAUUGUCUUUGAUGUAUUGUCAAUAAAUAAAAAUAUUAAAUGCAAACUGAUAUUUAAAAUUCACGAAUUUUUACAUUUUUAUUAUUAUCUUGCACUUCCAAAACAGCUUAAACAUGGGGACAUGAAAUAAGAGAAACUGUAGCUAUCAGGCCCAUCGCUAGACAAUGGUUGGUAUGUUGAAUAAACUCUAUUUCCGUAUGCUAUCCCCAUACUGCAUUAUACUUAAAAUCUGUCAACCUCAGACCUGAAAAUACUCUUUGUCUACACGUCUGAAGUAAAGAAUUCCUAUGAUAUACAUCACUCAAAUUCAAUUAAAAAAAAUGUCAUCUUGAUCCUAAAUAUCUGAAUGCUUAUCCUGAUGGUUUGGCGUGGUGUGGACUCUCAAGCCAAGGGAAACAUAUUCUUAGCAUCAGCCAUGUUAAACCUUCAAAUAUUACAAGUUUCCAAGAAAACACUAUCUACGUAGCAUAUAACAUAUCAUUCUUCUGAACUCCAACAAACUUAACCCUAAUCUAUUCAAUUUUUUCCUCAUACAAAGUCCUGGCAUUGCAAAACCUUUCCCAUUUCACAACUAGGGCACGUAUAUUUUGCUUUUGGUGAAGGAAGCAAUGUAGUACACAAUACUUCAUGUGUGGUAACAUCAUGGCUUUUUCACAACUGUAGAAGGAAUUUGUUAUCCUUGUACUUCGACACGGUGGCGCAACGGUAGAGUUGCUGCCUUACAGCGCCAGAGAUCCAGGUUCGAUCCUGACUUUGGGUGCUGUCUGUGCGUAGUUUGUACGUUCUCCCCAUGACUGUGUGGUCGUUCACUGGGUGUUCUGAUUUCCUCACUCAUUGCAAAGAUAUACAGGUUUGUAGGUUCAUUUGGCUUUCGGAAAAAAAUUGUGAUUUGUCCCUAGUGUGUAUUGUAUGGGGAUUGCUGGGUGGCGUGGAUUUGAUGGGCUGAAGGGCCUGUAUCUCUAAACUAAAAACUAAACUAUUUUCCUUGAAAUAGAUAUAAAAUUCAAUUUGGUUUCUUAAUUACCUAUUACAAUGACAUGUUAAUAUUCCAUGAUUUGCAC